ACCAAACAACAGCCACACUGUCCCUGCUCAUCACAACAGGCCCCAUUGCCCAAACAAACCCACAUUCCCCUGUUUGUUGAAAGCUGAGAUCAUUGUUGAAUGUCAAGCAGGGACCUGCCUGGAACCUGCACACACACGACUUCUUGCCAGACUUGAGGCAGUGCUGCACCCCGAUCGCGGCCGAGACGACCAUCCAUUCUCCACGACGAUAGACCACGACCGAAGCCCAGCGAAAGCUGCCCGAGAACACAUAACAGUUGUGGGAAGAGAGAACCUGCAGUCUUGCGCAGCCGGGGAGGAAGAUGACGAAGUGUUGACGCGAGCAAGAGUUGAUCCUGCGUGCCACAUUCUUUCUUGGCUCAGCUGGUGGUGGCCGUGCUGGAAAGAGCGUCAUCCUCUGGAGUGCCAGUCUCUAGGGAGCAAUAAGUUCUGCGAUUGUUCAGGCUCACUGUUCGGUGUCUUUUCCGCCGUGAAGUGAAAGGGUCAGACCACCUCUGAAUGUCACAUUUGCAACCACGCUUGGGCCUGCCACCUGUCUAGAAACCUUGCCUUCCUGGCCUCCAUCUUUCCUGUCGAGCGUGUUCUUGAACUCUUGCAAACCACAAACCACCAUCAUCAACCAACUCCAAAGCUGGCCCAUCAUGUCGUACGACGAGCAGGACCAGACGGCCGAGGUGAUUGAGGAUUACCAGAGCGCCUUGGAUGGUUUGACAAUGAACUCAAGAUUCGAAAUCACCAACUUGACCCAGAUUGCUAGAGACUUGACCAACUAUGCCUUUCCAAUUGCAGAAACCCUGGAGCAGCAUAUCAAGAAAGUGCCUCCUCAGAGAAAACUACCGGCCAUGUACGUCCUGGACUCAAUUGUCAAGAAUAUCGGCACACCUUACACGUUAUUCUUCGGCAAGAAUUUGUACUCCACAUUCAUGGACUCGUACGCCUCAGUCAACGACAGUACCCGCAGAAAGAUGGAGGAGAUGUUGAAGACUUGGAAGGAGCCAGUACCUGGGUCCAUCGACAAGAAUCCUGUCUUCCCUCCUGAUGUGGUUCGACCCAUUGAGAAUGCCUUGAUCAAGGCCAGAACUUCAGCCCUCCACGCUCACCAAGAGCAAAUGCGAACCCAGCACCAGCUUCUUGGAAGAGGGGGACGACCUGUUGCACCCCAUCGCAACACGCCCACUCCUCCCAAUGCCCGACAGCAGUUCGUGCAGCCACCACAGCCUCAUUCUGGGGCCAAUGGCCACAGGCCAGAGUCCGCACUCGGCCAGGCAGCAUACUCUCAGCACCCACCUGCGGCCAACUUCCCCGGGUCAACACCUCAACCACACAUGUCAACCCCGGCUGCUGCACCUUUCCAACCACCACCUUUUGGUUCCUAUGGUGCCCCUGCUGCUCAACCUGGAAUAAGCAUAGAUUCCUUGAUCAAUGAAAUCGAGCAACUCGUUGUUGCCGCCAGAGCUGAACUUGGGAGGUCGCCAUAUGAUACUAGUAUACAGACGGAGCUGAAGGCGCUGUUGGAUCUGCAGACGGUUUUGAAGACUCGCGGGGCAAUGCUGUCGCAAGAGCAGUUGGUGCCUGUGAAGACUCAAGUAGCUAAUCUUGCCGUAAAAUACCGGGCCUCAAAUGCCCACCAGACUGUCACUCCUACACCACCCAUCCACGGAGCACCAUUCCAUGCCCCUAUGCAGCAGCAGCAUCCCCCUCAACCAAUAGCACCAGUAGCCCCUGUGCCGCCUGCUUCGGCUCCGCCAGGUUCUGUGUCUCUUGACGCUCUGCUUGGUAAGGGUGCUCUGGCUGCAUUGCUGAGCCGGCGGUCUGCCACCCCUCAAGCCCCAACACCUCAACCACCACCACACCCACAAACACAACCAGCAAAUGUUGCUGCUCUACUACGGUCUCCUACUCCACAGAGAGCCGAGAUGCAGAAACCAGCCACUCCUGAUCCGAUGGCAUUGCUGGGUGCUCUUCGUGGUGUUGGUUUGAUACCACCCACACCACAAGUCGGUGGAACACCAGUGGGCCACCCAUCCGGGCCUCCUUCUCAAGCUCCAGCAAACACAGCUCCUAUCACUACGCCUACUCCUGCUGCUGCAGGUAUGUCAUUGCCACCAAACCUGGCCAGCAUACUCGCUUCAGCCCGCAAUCUGGCAGCAUCGUCAACACCACCGCCGGUUGUCAUCACAAGUGGUGAUAUCAGUCUGACGACAUCUUCAUUAAAGCAAUUUCGACCACACCUCAUCCCUACCAUAUAUGAGGCACUGGGCCCACCAUGCACUCAAUGUGGGCGACGCUUCAAGACAGACGCGGAAGGGAGAAAGAAUAAGACAGCCCACAUGGACUGGCACUUCCGAGUGCACCAGAGGAUCAUGGAAGCAGAGAAGAGAGGCCAGCAUCGAAGUUGGUACGUGGACCAGGCGGAUUGGAUCAAAUCCAGAGAGGCCAUUGACGACCACCAAGCGGAUGCGGAUGCGGAUGCAGCCAGCAAAGCAGCGGCCUCCUCAGCUGCCAGUUCGUCUGGUCCAAAGAUCCAGUACAUCCCAGUCCCGGAUGACAGAGACAACAUCAACACUGUCUGUCCAAUCUGCCAGGAGAAGUUUGUCACGAAGUGGCUCGAUGAGGCACAGGAGUGGGUGUGGACAGACGCCACGAAAGUGGGCGGCCGCGCAUACCAUGCAAGCUGCUACGCAGAGGUGACCAAGGAUGGAGGCAACACGCCAAUGUUCGGCAGCAACGGUGCACCUGACCCAGUCUUGGGUAAGAGAAAGGCCGAAGGCGAGAUGGGUAAUCUGAGGGCAGGUCGUGUCAAGACAGAUGCAUGAUUUCCUGCAUGUCAGGCAGCAUUGCAGAUACAUGGUGCUCACAAGACUGCCGUGCUUGCCAGACCACUGUGGAAAGCCAUUUAGCCUCUGACCCAGUACCUGGACUAUGGCCUAGGGCUGAUGUCUCACAGCCAUGGUGGUGUGAGAACACUGCUCCCCUGGCCACACUGGUGUUUCCGGCUUAGCAGUGGAGGGAUAGUGAAAAUCCUGAGCAGCAAUAGUGUCUGUUCAAGGAAGAGAAAAUCACAUAGGUCCUGCUUGGAGCUUCAUACCCAGCGGAUGCAUCAUGGAAGGAGGACAUCAUGAAGCAUGCAGAGAAUCUUAUGCCAAGGGCAUAUUCAAAAGUGUACAUCUUAGUUUAGACGGUCAUUGAGGGCGUCACCUGAACUGCUUCCUGCUUCAUGGGUCAUUAGUAGGGGGCCAGCAGUUACUAUGAAUUAGCAAUCUGCAAUACUAAACCGAUAACACCACAAA